CGGCCGCUGCUCCCCAUGGCGGGCCGGGCGCUGUCGGUCCUGCUGCUGCUCGCCCUGUUGUGCGCCCGGCCGAGCUUCUGCGGCACCGCUCCAGCCUCCUCCUCGCAGCCCGUGACCGCCCGGCUGGCGGCGAAGUGGCCGGCGACCCCACUGCUGCUGGAGGCGAGUGAAUUCAUUGCAGAAGAUGGUAAUGAGAAGUUUUGGCAGUUCUUGGAAACUGUACGGGAAUUAACAAUUUAUAAGCAAGGAGAUUCAGAGUAUUCCUAUUACAAUUUAAUCUUGAAGAAAGCCGGACAAUUUUUAUCCAAUUUGCAAGUCAAUUUGUUGAAGUUUGCACUUUCCAUACGGGCUUAUUCUCCGACUGUUCAGAUGUUCCAGCAGAUUGCAGCUGAUGAACCUCCACCAGAAGGCUGCAGCGCAUUUGUGGUUAUCCACGAGAAGCACACCUGUAAGACUAAUGAAAUAAAAAAACUGCUGAAGAAGGCUACUAAGAGACCCAGGCCAUAUCUUUUUAAAGGAGACCAUAAAUUCCCAACUUUCAAAGAGGAUGGCCCAGUGGUUGUUCUAUAUGCAGAAAUGGGUACAAAAGACUUUGCCAAAUUCCACAAGAUUUUAUCUGAGAAGGCACAAAAAGAGGAAAUUGUUUAUGUUCUCCGGCAUUAUGUUCAGAAACCAGUUUCCAGGAAGAUGUAUUUAUCUGGAUAUAGUGUGGAACUUGCAAUAAAGAGUACAGAAUACAAAGCAGUAGAUGACACGCAGGUUAAAGGAGCAAAUGAGACAAAAGAAGAGGAAGAUGAGGAAGAGGAAGAAGAAAGUGAUGUCCAAGGGUUUCUCUUUGGCAAAUUAAAACAGAUAUAUCCUGAUCUGAAAAAUAACCUGAAAGAAUUUAAAAAGCAUCUAAUUAAAACUGCUAACAACAUGGAACCACUGAAGGUUUGGGAGCUACAGGAUCUUAGUUUUCAAGCAGCUGCUCGAAUUAUGUCUGCUCCUGUUUAUGAUGCUUUAAAGGUAAUGAAAGACAUUGCUCAGAACUUCCCAAUAAGAGCCAGCCUGCAUUUUGUGUCUCAGUAUUUCUAGUUGAAAAGAUCACUGACAAGAGUGACCAUAGAUAAGGAAAUGCGAAAUGAAAUAGAAGAAAAUCAGAAGGUUU